AUGGGCACGGAUUCAUCGUCAUUUUUCGGGGGAGCCAAAUACAUCCCCCCAGACCCCAUCUUUGAGGUCACAAAGAGAUAUUUGGCCGAUACAGAUCCCAAGAAAGUAAACCUCGGCCAGGGAGCUUACCGUGAUGAAAAAGGAGCGCCAUGGAUCUUGCCCUCUGUGCGGGCAGCGACAGAAUUGAUCGCUGGCUGUGGCCAUGAAUAUUUGCCCAUCGAAGGGUUGAAUACCUUCCGUGAUGAGGCUGCGAAACUUGUUUUUGGUGGCACCAACGCCUGGAAAGAAGAGAGAGUUGCUACUUGCCAAUCAAUUUCGGGUACAGGAUCCCUUCUUCUCGCUGGUAUGGCGCUCAAGAAGGCGGAUACUGGUAUCAAGAAGGUUUUUAUCACAGACCCUACGUGGUCGAAUCAUGAUUUGCUUUUCGCCUCGAUGGGCUACGAAGUCAACAAGAUUCCCUAUUUUAAAAAGGGAGAGUUUGACCACGAGAGCUUUGUCAACGUCUUGAAGACUGCCGACCGAAACUCGGCGAUCAUCUUACACGCUUGUGCUCAUAACCCAACAGGGUGCGACCCAUCGCGAGAGCAGUGGAAAGAAAUCGCUGCCAUUAUUAAGAACACUGGCACGUUUCCAAUUUUCGACUCGGCUUACCUCGGGUUCAACUCUGGGUCGUUUGACGAAGAUGCCUGGAUCAUUCGGUAUAUGGUGGAAGAUCUAGGCCUCGAAGCCGCGGUCUGUAUGUCAUUCGCAAAGAGCAUGGGUCUUUACGGUGAACGCGUGGGACUUGUUGCAUUCGUCACCAAGGCUCCUGAAACCGCUCGGGCGCUCUUCUCCCUUCUGCAAAACUCGCAGCGAGCCACCGUGUCCAACCCUCCUGUUUAUGGCGCUCGCAUUGCUGCCGCGGUCCUAGGCAACCCCGAGAUCGCAAAGCAAUGGGCACAAGAUCUGAUUACCAUGUCGAGCAGAAUUCUAUCCAUGCGCAGAAGGCUUUAUAGCGAGCUGUUGCGGUUGGAGACACCUAGAGAUUGGUCGCACAUUGUCAAACAAAACGGCAUGUUUGGCUAUACGGGUAUCAGCCCGGCACAAAUUGUCGAACUAGAAGUUAAACAUCACGUUUAUAUGGCCAAUACGUCUAGAAUUUCUCUGGCAGGACUCAACGAGGGCAAUGUGGAAUAUUUUGCGAAGGCGCUGGACGAGGUUGUUAGAACAAUUCAAUAG